GCUAAAUGAAACUUUCGAAACGUCAUGUCCUUAAAGCAAGGUCAAAAUAGUUACAAGUUGACGUCGAUGGGGAAUUUCCACAACGUUUUAGGGCGGGAAGCCAUCACUCCAUUGCCGCCGACAGUGAACGUCGAUAUGAAGGGACCGACGGCGCUGUCGUUAAAUCCCAUACGACCAGGGACAUGCCUUCACCUGCUGGUUGAGCAUGCAGACGAGUUGAACCCGAUGUGGGCUUGGGUUCAAGGACUCGCGUAUAACGACCUGGACCGCGUCUUGAUGUUCGAAGAUGCGCCGUGGGUUGCCACGCUUCGGAUGUUGCAUGCUCUGGUCGCCGAUGCCAAGCGUGAAGAGGGUACAGGGAACGACGGAAUGCAAGGCCUACAGACGACGACAGAAUUUAAGAGACACCGAAGUUUUCAUACGUGAUGAUCAAAUUUGAGCCAAUCAAAUCACAUGAAGUCAAAACAUAACAAAUCAUUGGCCAAAAUAAAAACUUGGCGGGAAAACAUUUAAAAUUCGCGCCAUACUGAGCC